CGUAUCCAUUCUCCGUUUACCAUAUGCGGGGAGUUCGAUCUCGCAGUUAGGCGCGCUUCCAUCGUCGCCUUAAGGUUCUGCCGAUGCCAGGCGUGUGUGUCGGCGCUCAGUCUCCACGCGCCUCGCGAAUCGUCAGUUUGAAAAGGUCGCUCUAUCAAUCCGCUCGUACAUCUAUCCGUCCGAUUUCGCUUUUCUCUCGGUGUUUUUCACGGCGGAGAUCUUCGACACCUUCGUACAGCUCGCCAGUUACGCCAUAGGUUUUCCAUCUUCGUGUUGUCACUGACAGCAGCACGACGGCGAGUCGGGUGUUUUUCGAGAAUUCACAAAGUGCCAUAUCGUAUAAGAGGUUGAGGCGACAUAAAGCAACACGGUCUCAUUUACAUACGCCGCACGGCAGAUUGGAAUCCGAAGGUGAAGGAAUCCUUGGCCGAUUCCUCGAACGACGGGAGAAAACCGAUCGCGUUCCAGCCGAAGCUGGUGCACGUCGUGAUAAACAACGACGAGUAAUCGGUGGAUACCACGGAGAUUCGCGCGUCGUGCAUUCCGCCGCGCUGUCGAAUAUAACGGCGGUAAAAUUGAGGAGGAAACACGAAACUAUUCAACGAACGACGAGCUGAAAAGCCAAGAGCUCUUCCAACUCGAGAGCGAACUUUGAGAGACAAAAAUUUACGAAAAUGUAAGAAGAAUAUAUUCACGCGACUGGAAGCCAACGAACUAGGCGUGUCCAGAUAUACCUCGAAAGAACGCGAGAUUUCUACGAACACAAACGUCGAAUAGUGAACGCGAUUUAAACGCGAAAUAAGCGAGCUAAUCGAGCCCUGCCGCCGGCUGUUGUCAGGGCGGUAGAGAACGGUGCCGGUUCCGCGUUCUCGUGUCGUGAAGUGUGUCAUGAUAGUUCGCGCGUGAGCCGGGCAUGAACGUUGAAACUUGCACCCUCUACUUCGCUGGGACGGCCCGGGGCCCGGAGAAGGACAGGAUGUCGACCCAGGCUUACUAUAAGGAGCGGCUCGGCUUCGAUCCGGCGGACACCGUCGCCGAGCAUCAACGCGAGCAACGCUCACAGCAUGGUUACGAGGAGUCACUCUCCAAAUUCAAAGACGAACGAGAUGCUAUACAGAAGAAGACCUUCACGAAGUGGGUGAACAAGCAUUUGAAAAAGACUUACACGUGUCUACACGUGUGCGUCCUUGUGAACAACCAACCAUGCUGUUCCCCCACCGCGAGCAGACAUGUCGGGGACCUGUUCGAGGAUCUACGCGACGGCCACAAUCUCAUCUCCUUGCUGGAAGUGCUCUCGGGCGAGCACCUUCCACGGGAGAGGGGCCGAAUGCGCUUUCACAUGCUGCAGAACGUGCAGAUGGCUCUCGAUUUUUUACGAUACAAGAAGAUCAAGCUGGUCAACAUCCGGGCGGAGGAUAUCGUGGACGGUAACCCGAAGCUCACACUCGGCCUGAUAUGGACUAUUAUCUUGCACUUCCAGAUAUCGGACAUAGUGGUCGGUCAGGAACCGAACGUAACAGCGCGUGAGGCCCUUUUGAGAUGGGCUCGACGAUCGACAGCCCGAUAUCCUGGAGUACGAGUGACCGAUUUCACCUGUUCUUGGAGGGACGGUCUGGCUUUCAGUGCUCUUCUUCACAGGAAUCGGCCGGAUCUGGUCGAUUGGAGAACGGCGCGUGCAAGCCAGCCGCGAGAGCGGCUCGAUCGGGUCUUCUUCGUCGCCGAGCGCGAGUACGGCGUUACGAGGCUUCUCGAUCCAGAAGAUGUUGAUACCCCUGAACCGGACGAGAAGUCCUUGAUAACGUACAUCUCUUCGCUCUAUGACGUGUUCCCGGAGCCGCCGGCCAUUCACCCUCUGUACGAUGCCGAGGCACAAAGACGAUCCGCGGAAUAUCGUGAGCUUGCGACUUCUCUUCAUAUGUGGAUCCGCGAGAAGAUGGCCCUCAUGCAAGAGCGAUCUUUCCCGCCGACUUUGAUCGAGAUGAAGAAACUAGCAGCGGAUAGUACGAAGUUCAAAAAUGAGGAGGUACCACCACGAUACAGGGACAAACAAAGAUUGACAUACAUUUUCCGAGAUCUGCAAAAAUAUUUCGAAGCGGUGGGCGAAGUGGACAUGGAACCAGAACUACAUAUUGAUGUCAUCGAAAAGAAUUGGAAUCGCCUAAUAAUGUUGCAUCAGGAGCGCGAACAGGCUAUUAUAGACGAAAUUAAACGACUCGAGCGACUGCAACGACUCGCCGAGAAAGUGCAUCGUGAGAUGAAAACGACUGACAACAGAUUAGAGGAGCUCGAGAGACGUGUGGAGGACGAAGCACGCAGGCUCGAUCGCCUUCAUCCUUUGGAGGCGAAACACGCGGUGGACCUGCUAGAACAGGAUAUACGCAGCACAGAAACCCAGAUACAGAAUAUAUUUACCGAUGUGCACACCCUUACGGAGGGUAGAUACAGUCAGGCGCCUGAGCUUCAUAAGAGAGUACAGAAAUUGCAUCAAAGAUGGGUUGUACUACGAUCUCUUCUGCAUAGACGUCUGGUACAACCUCUCUCUGCGGUUUCCUUCCCUGUGGAGGAACGUGUUGUCACGAAACAUCGUACUACCGUCCAUGAAACACGAUUGGUUGAUACCAAUCCACACUUCCGCGCGUUACACGAUUGCAUAGAUUGGUGUAAGAGCAAAUUGAAGCAUCUACAAGAAGCUGAUUACGGAUCGGACUUGCCUAGUGUGCAAAAUGAAUUGGAUGUACAUCAACGAGAGCACAAAAACAUCGAUCAAUUCAAAGCCAAGGUCGACAAGUGCGUGCAAGCAAAGAACAAUUUCCAUGGCGAGGAACUCACGUUGUAUAGUCAGCAUCUUAACACUCUGCAGAAACUUUAUGCCGAGCUUCUUAACGUAUCGAAUAAGAGGCUUUCUGAUUUGGAUACCCUGCACGAUUUUAUACAAUCGGCUACUGGCGAAUUGGUUUGGUUGAACGCCAAAGAAGAAACAGAAGUCACGCGCGAUUGGAGUGACAAGAACCUCAAUGUGCAGAGCAUUGAGCAGUAUUACGAGUCUUUGAUGAGCGAUUUGGAGAAACGUGAGAUACAAUUUUCGGCAGUGCAAGAUCGUGGUGAGGCACUUGUUCUUCAGCAUCAUCCUGCGGCAAAAACGAUCGAAGCUUACAUGUCCGCUAUGCAAACUCAGUGGGCUUGGUUAUUACAACUCACUCUCUGUCUUGAAGUACAUUUAAGACACGCCGCGCAAAACCAGCAAUUUUUCAAAGAAAUUCAGCAGGCCGAACAGUGGAUCUCCAAACAGGACGAAACGCUGAAUACCGUUUACUCGCAAUCCGAUUUCUCAUUGGACGAAGGAGAACGGCUUCUGAAGGGCAUGCAAGAGUUGCGCGAGGAGCUUAAUAAUUAUGGUGAUCACGUACAGAGACUCGUGGAAAGAGCAAAGGACAUCGUUCCUAUGAAGCAACGCAAACAACCAGUUAUGCGACCGUUACAGGUCACUUGUAUCUGCACUUACAAACAAGUCAAUAUGUCCAUCGAAAAAGGAGAACAAUGCACGCUGUACGAUAAUUCCGGCAGAGUUAAAUGGCGCGUCAAGAACACGCAGGGAGUGGAAUCUCCUGUACCAGGUGUCUGCUUUGCACUGCAACCUCCCGAUAAGGAAGCAUUGGAUGCUGCAGAAAGAUUGAGACGACAAUAUGACAGAAGUGUUGCUCUGUGGCAACGAAAACAAUUGAGACUAAGACAAAACAUGAUAUUCGCGACUAUUAAGGUAGUCAAGGGUUGGGAUCUGCCGCAAUUUUUGGCGAUGGGACAAGAUCAACGUACAGCUAUCAGAAAAGCACUGAAUGAAGAUGCAGAUAAGUUACUAUCCGAAGGAGAUCCGGCGGAUCCACAACUCAGGAGAUUGAAACGCGAGAUGGCGGAUGUUAAUCGACUGUUUGACGAUUUCGAGAAGCGCGCCAGAGCCGAGGAAGAAUCGAAAAAUGCUGGACGCAUUUUCAACGAUCAAGCGUCUUCGCUUCAGCAGGCACUCGAUGAAGCCGAGCGAGUACUGAACGCGCGCAUAGCCGCGCCCUUACCUCGAGAUCUUGAUAGCUUGGAACAUCUCGUAUUGCAGCACAAAGACUACGAGCAGAAUCUGCAACGCUUGGCGCCAGACGUGGAACAAAUGCAACAGACAUUCCGCGGAAUCACUCUGAAGACUCCGGCGAUGAGGAAUAAACUUGAUAAUAUCAUGAGCAAAUGGAGUCACUUGUGGAAUCUUAGCAGCUUGUAUGUUGAGCGCUUGAAAUGUGUUGAAAUUGUGCUAUCAAGCCUUGAAGAAAAUACGACGGCAAUCUCUGAGUUUGAGAUUAAAUUGGCUUCCUUCGGCGAAUUACCAUCGGACGUAAAGGGUUUGCAAAUUGUAUUGGAAGAUCUGAUGGUUCUUCAGAAUGCUAUCGCACAGCAACAAGUGUCAGUAGAUCAAUUGAAUGAAGAUGCGCAUAACGCCAGACGUCUUGUAGAGAAAUCAAGGCCGAAUCAUCGAGGUCCGCACGGCGACAUGGACAGAUUGGACGCUGAGGUUAACAAAUUAAACGCGCGAUGGACGAAUGUCUGUGGGCAGCUGGUCGACAGACUACGCAGUGCCGAAACAGCUUAUGGAUUGGCACAGCAAUAUCAAAACUCGUAUCAGAAUGAGGUGGACUUUGUCGAUGAAUCAUAUGGAAAAUUAGAGCUGGAAAAUACAAAGAACUUGUUGAGCAAGGUGUUGGAUCGCACGCCGGCAAUCGAAGCGGUGAAUCUCACGGGCGGUAGAUUGAUUCGUGAAGGGAAGAUCUACGGACAAAGGCUCCGAGCGUUCAAAGAACAAUUGGAAGAUAUCUGCCCGUCGUUGGACGCAUCGGUGAAGAGGCCACGAAGAGAUUCCGUUAUUACAGUCGAUAAUGUUGCGCGCGAUCUAGAUAUCCUGAACCGAAGAUACACGACCCUCGUGAAUCUGCUUGAGGAGCGAGUCAGGCAGUUGGCAUUACUACAUCCUGAGGACACUUCCUUACAGCGUGUUCUUCAAGAACAAAGGCCGCUGCGGACGUUCCGCACAGAGUUCAACAUAUAUGAAAGCACUACUAGCGAGGAGCGUUAUACAUCCACAACCACACACUACACCCAGUCGCAAUAUACCUCCGAGAGACAUGAGUCCACCGAAACGACUUUCUCGAGCGAGACUUCGAAGAGAAGUUACAAUGCGGAGCAGGCCGUGUAUCGUCCUAAUGACGAGAUCACCAGUCUGGGUGCGGUUCAACCCGACGGCGUCGGUGAUAUCCUGCUCAAACGUUCGCACGAGAGCGGUACGACGAACUAUGACAGACAACAGCAGCACGAGUUUUCAUCCGUUGUGGACGGGUUUAGUAGCGAGCUUAGAGGGGUCGACGAUAGGGGUAAUAUUAUCGAAUCGGUUCACGUGAUGGACAUUAAGUGUAUCAUAGAUCAGAGCACCGGCAAGGUCCUUAGCGUGCGCGAGGCGAUUCGGCUCAAGAUCCUCGAUGUUAGGAACCUUAGGAUAGUGACAUCGAGCGAUGGCAGAACGAACAUGUCGAUCCAGGAGGCCGUGCGUGACGGUAUCAUCAACGCGGAGAUGGCCGAUUGGCUGUUAACUCCAAAUGGUCGGGUGUCUAUGCUCGCGGCAAUGAGUGAGGAGUUCAACGACGAACGGGCCGACAUCGCGGAUCGAGUUAAGGUAACGACAGCAUGUCGUGACGAUGGUGACGGAAGUAAUGCCGCCACCAUGGGAUUUAGCGUUGUCGAUGCGAUGAAAAAGGGCUUGUUGGACCCGGCCACGGGAGAGGUCAUCGCCGAGAAUGGCGAACGGAUUUCGAUUGAGGAGGCAUACUCACGCGGCUAUCUUACUAAGGUAGACGUGACUGUUAGGGUAACUCGUAGUGCCAUCGCACUCUCCGACGCAAUAUCGCAGAGUCUUGUGGAUGAUCGGACCGGCCGCAUCGUCGAUAGGAUUACCGGCGAGUCUUAUCCAUUGGACGAAGCCGUCGACAAAAACAUUAUUGAUGCGAAUGUGAAAGAGAUUGUAGAUACGAGGAGCGACAGCAAGAUGACGGUGGCUGAAGCUAUGAAACACGGUAUAUUGAAUGCCAAAAGUGGUAGAUACAUGCACGGCUUGUCGAUGGAGAAGCUGCCGUUUAAGGAAGCUCGUCGUCGACAAUUAAUUGUCAAGCCGAUGACGCUCAAAGACUGUUGUGAUCUAGAAAUUAUCGACGACAAAGGUAAAAUCGUCAGUCCAGCACAUCGUGAUAAAUUAACGAUAUUGGAGGCCAUAUCACGCGGAGUCUUAGACUCGGAGAACAUCAAGUCCAUAGUAGAUACUCGAACCGGUGAAAUGAUUACGCUAGCCGAUGCCUUAACCAGCGGUAUAAUUAAAGUCGACGGCACAUAUCGCGACAUGUUGAAGGAUGAAAAGUUCCCUAUUCCUCAAGCCAACGAGAAAGGUCUGAUCACUUCGGUGACUCAGAAAAGUAUUUUCGACAUCGAUGGCUUCAAAGAUCCAGUUUCCGGCGAAUACAUUAGUUUGAAUGCAGCAUUAUUGAAAGGUUUGAUCAGCUCAAAGUCCGGUGGUACUUUCACGAUUGAUCUGAAAACUGGAAAGACCGUUUCAUUAAGCGAAGCAGAAGAACAAGGUUAUAUUAGGCCGGAAGUAUUGGAGAUGCUAAGUCGCGGCAUCGGCAUUACCGAGAACGGACGCGAGACAAGCGUUCUCGAGGCUGUGCUGCUUGGAUUGUUAGAUUCUAAGUCUGGUCAAUUGUUGGAUCCGCGUAGCAAGAGAAUAGUGCCUUUAGAGGAGGCGAUCAAGCGAGGACUCAUUACUCCCGACGGUGCCGCACUGCUUACCAGUUUAUUGAAUAUCGCAGUCACCACGCAAACUGUAACGAAAACCAUCAGAAGAUACGUGACGACUUUGCAAACGGGUGAAACUGUUACAAGAGAUUUCAAAAUCAGUUAUGAAGAAGCGUUAAGCAGCGGUUUGAUCGAUGAAAGUAAAAAUGAAUUUAGGGAUCCUGAUUCGGGAGUGACGAUGACCAUCAAAGACGCCUUUGAGCAAAGUUUGCUUGGUGAUGACGUUCACCAACAUUCGCAAGAACAUAUUUCGGAUUCAUCAUUACAUACAACUUUUGAAAGUACUCUGACAACAAAUAUCGGUGAAGUAUCCAAAAGUAGAAGAAGUGAAUCACCACCUAGAGCAAUUGGCACGAUUACCACUAUUAUUACCAAAGAAAUUGCUCCGCGAGCAUCGUCUACACCGAUGAAAGAGUCAUCCUCAGUUAUGAUGACGAUCGCACCAUUAAUGACAACUGAUUCUGUUUCUUUCGCGCGAGAUUCAACUAAAGAUAUCUCAUCAUCGACAAAAGUUAGCGACUCGACCAAAUGGUCAACUUCCGAAAUAACAUCGAAAAAGAGUUCGUUUGAUCAAACUCAUGUAGUAAGUCAUGAUCUCAAAUCACCUUUGCGUGAUGAAAAACAAGAUAUGGAAAUAAUCACAUCAGAAAUAAUUACACCAACUACGAAUCGCACGUCAGAGAUUACGAAAUUCAUAGAAAACGAACGUGUUUUCACGAAUAAACAGGUGUUCGAACUACCCACGGAUGGUUGGACACUCGCCGAAGCUAUCGAUAGGAAACUACUUGAUUCUGUUACAGGUCUUUUCAUAAUUCCAGGCACUGACAGAUUGGUUUCUUUUGAAGAGUGUAUUAACUUGCAGAUCAUCAAUCCAAGUUCUGGUUUUGUUAUUGAUCCCUCCAACGGAAGAAAGGUGUCGUUGGUGCGAAGCUUAGAAAAGAAUAUUUUGGAUUCUACAGGUCACUAUUGUUAUCCACAAAAAAUCUCGAUGAGAGAAGCAAUUGCGAAUGGAUUGAUCAUAUUGGAAGGCGAAUCGAGCAUAGAUAGCGAUAGCACUAAUCAGAGGCUUCUUCAGAUCACAAAGGUUUCAGGCGAGCCCGAUAAAGUGGAGUUGACGCGUGUUGGCGAUCCUUCUCAGCAAAUGGAAAUAAAAGUUAGCGACGAAAUGUCUAUGCCGGAUCCGGUGCAGGUAACUCAGGGAGUGAUUUAUGAUCCAGGAACGGCCUUAGUAAUCUCCACAAAAACUGGAAAAUCUGCGAAUCUCUUAGCCGCAGUUUCCGAAGGAACGAUACCGUCCACUGCUGUAAUCAUCAAAGAUCCAACGACAGGUAAAGACAUUGGUAUAGCGGAAGCUGUUAACCGUGGUAUUCUGAAUACUAAUACAUGCGAAUAUAAAAUUGAUGAUGGCAGAAAGAUAUCACUGAUCGAUGCGGCAAAGUUUGGAGUGGUGGCUGUUCUCGGUGCUCCCCUUGCGGCUACCGCAGCCGCCAUAGAAGCGGUACAGAGAACGAUGGUCAAAGAUCCAGUAACUGGUAAGAAGGUGCCAAGAGAAGUCGCCAUUGAACGUGGCAUCAUUCCGAUGGAUGAUAACUCAACUUCACCAAUUAUUGAAUCUGCAAGUGGUACGCCUGAUGAAAAUGAAAAAGUUGUUGUGAAACAUGUAUAUGACGAUGAACCUGGAAAAGUUUGCAUAUCGAAAGAGGACGUUAAGAAUACAACUUUGAUUGAUUUGUCGAAAUCCGCCAAUGACGUUACGGAUGGCGAGAGUUUAGGCACGAAGACCAGAGCGCGAGUCACGAUUGAGCCGAGAUAUCAAGUUACGAUUGGUAAAGCGAAAACACUCUCACAAAGUCCGGAACAAGAAGCGAAACCUAUCGUUUUGCAGAAGAUGCGAAAGAGGAUAGUAAAUGUCAAGGAAGCGUUGCAAAGUGGUUUCAUCGACAUGGAAACAGCAGAUACCUUCGCGAAGAAAAUGUGUAAUGAGAAAGGAGAUCCGAUCACUCUUUCUGAAGCAAUCCGUGAUAACCGAAUAGACGCCAAUCAAGGUCAGAUCAGGGAUCCACAAAGAGGCGAUGUGCUUAGUAUCAAGCAGGCUAUCGAUCGUGGAAUCCUUGAUCCGGAGAGCGCGCAUAUAUUAGUACCUUUGGUGAAAAGCUUGUCCGUGCCCAGCUUGUAUACGCAAGGUUUGCUAGAUCCUGUAGAAGGUAAAAUCGUUCAUCCAGAAACAGGCGCACAUCUCACUCUCAAUGAGGCUAUAGUAUGUGAGAUAGUGGAUCCUCUAUCUAACUUGAUGUUCACUGUUGAUGGCCGUACGGAAACGUUGCAAUCCGCCAUUGCGAAUGAUACUGUCGAUGCAGAGAGAUUGUUGGUCAAAACGCAAGGUGGUAGUGUAGAUCUGGUGAAUGCGAUAGAGAACAAAGUCCUUGAAUUAAAGGGACCGACUAAAUCUUUCAACAUACCACCGGCGGGAAUGACGUUCCCCGUUGCAUUAAAACGUGGAUUGAUAGACAUCAGCAAGAAAGAAAUACGUCAUCCUAUUACCGGAGAGCACUUACCACUGGAGGAUGCUAUAAAAAGAGAUUUUAUCAUGGCAUUACCAUAUCCAGUGACUCCUAACAGUAUCGAAAUAACGAAGGCUUUAGAAUCAGGAUUGAUUGAUAGGGACAAGGCUAUAUUCUUCCAUCCUACUACGGGAACUCCGAUUCCAAUUGCCGAAGCUGUCGAGUCUGGUCUACUCAUCAUCAAAUCGCCUCAUGAUGAAAAUACAGCUGCCAUUACUGAAACAGUUACAUCAUAUCAUACUAUUACAACUAAGACUGUUGAACUUUUGUCAGGUUAUGCGCUGAAGAAUCCAACGGAAGUACAAGAUAUUAAUACCGGUAAUAUCAUUACUAUUGAAGAAGCACGACAAAGAGGUAUCAUUAAGGAUGUAUCUGAAACUAAACAGGAAUUUACGACGAAAGAUAUCAAGAUGUCCUUUAAUCACGCAGUGGAAAAAGGAUUCGUAGAUAUGGAAAAGGGAAUUUAUACUGAUCCUUGCACCGGUACCAUAAUGCCUAUUGCUAAAGCCGUUGAAGAAGGAAUCCUCGAUACUUCAUCUAGCAAGAAUGAAUCUGUAACACCCAAAAAAUAUUCCAAUAACAGUUUGACUGUGUUAGAAGCGGUCGAGCAAAUUUACGAUGAAAAAACUGAGAUGUUUAAAGAUCCUGAGACGAACGAAUCUUACAAUUUGACAGAAGCAAUGAAAGUGGGACUAAUCGAACCUGAUUCCGUACUUUAUAAUGUGAAAACUAAAGAAUCUAUCACUACCAAAGAAGCACUCGAGAAAGGUUUGCUCGAUCCUGCCACUGGAAAAAUGAAGAUUGCGCGAGAUCAAAAGGAUCAUUCAAUUAGCAUAGCGGAAGCUACGAAAAUGGGUCUCUUGGCAGUUGUAGCCGCACCAGUCUUGGCUGGAAAAGCAGUUGUUGAUGCAAUUUCAAGUCGAAAAUCUAAAGAGUCAAAACCGAGUGCAUCCGUGACGAAAUUAUCUGUAUCAAAGGAGAAAGAAUCAAGUCCACCUGCAAAAAUUAUUUCAAGCCAAAUUCAAAUUACCCAGAAAUCUCAUGUUGAUUCUCCAAGUGAAGAUAAAACGUCGAGCUUGAUGGAAACGCAGAAACCAUUUUCAGAUGCAAGAAUAGUAGAAGAGAUCCGAACUACAGAGAUAAAAAUGGAAGACGAUAGCCAAUUGAGAAGAAUCACGGACGAAGAAAUGCCAAGACCCAUUUCGAUAAUCAUUACGAGAGAAUUAACGCCUCAGGUUCUUGCAGAACUUGGAGUAUUUGAUCUUGUAAGAGAAAAAUUCUUGGAUCCGGAAACGGGUACUAUUACUUCUUUCAAUGAUUUAGUAUUGAACCUGAAAGUCUUCGAUCCAGACCGAGUACUCGUUAAAGAUUUAUCAUCCAAGACGGAUUUGUACGUGAAACUACGCGAGGCAAUCAGCCGACCUCUCGUAGACAGAAAUGUCGCUUACAUGGUCGAUCCAAAGACUGGUAAAAAGAUACCUUUCUUUGAGGCAGUAAGUUUGGGAUGGAUCAAGCAGGAACCGGAAGACGAAACAGAUACAGAACAGUUUGCAGAAUCGCAGGCUUUAGAUUUGCAAGAAGCUAUCGAUAUUGGCGUAUGCAAUCCCAUCACGGGAACAAUUCAAGAUCCAAAAACGGGACAAGUGUUAUCUAUGAACGAAGCUAUUGAUGCAGGACUUAUCGAUGUUGAUGUGCUUGGCGUGAGAAAUCCAAUUACUGACGAAAUCGUGCCGUUUUCUGAAGCAUUGGAGACCGGCAUCAUAGAUCUUCGCAAGGAUGUUGUCAUUAAUACAGAAACAAGAACGGAAAUCAAUAUUACAACGGCGUUUUUACGAGGUCUAAUUGUACCUAUUUCUCGCAAACCGAUCUCGUUAGAAGCUAUUAUUAGGCAAGGUCAUUACGAUACCGAGACAGGAAAAAUACAAGAUCCUCUGACUAAACAAUUGAUCGACGUUGAGGAGGGUGUUCGUAGAAGUGUUGUUGAUGCUUUUAUUACCGAGGUUGAGGAUACAAAAGCUGGUUCAUCCGUCUCGUUGGAUGAUGCGCUGACUAUGAACUUGUUGAUUCCUAGUACAGGUCACUUGCGCGAUACGAAAGCGGGAGAGCUUUUACCCUUGGACGUAGCGCUUCAUAAACGUUUGAUUAUCACAACACCAUUCGUGCCUUCGCUGAUUGACGCUAUUGUUCAGCAAUACUAUUCACCGAAAACCGGCCUUGUUCUGAAUCCAAUGACAGGUGAAGAUAUAACAUUGAAGGAGGCAUUAGCUAUUGGUUAUGUUAAUGGCUCUACUAUAGUAGUAAAAGACGAUAGAAAAGAUAAUGUUAUUCCUCUCAAUGAAGCAGAGGAAAAUAAGCUAAUAGAUUUAGUAAAAGGAACAUUGACUUAUCCGCAUUCUAUGACAUUGGACAUCGCCUUUGAAAAAGGAUACAUUUUAAGUACCGUGAAACCAUGGACGCUACAGGAAGCUUUAGCUCUUCAAAUUUAUGAUCCAAAAUUAGGCACUUUUAAUAUUGAUGGUAAUAAGUGUACUUUGGAGGAGGCGAUGGAGAAAGGCUUUAUUAGUAAAGACAGUCCAUCGAUUAAAGAUCCGAGAAACAACGAUAUUAUAUCUUUGGGCGAUGCUAUCAAACAUGGUUUUAUUAACGCAAAGACCAGUAUGGCAGUAGAUCCAUGUACCAGUGCACCUCUUUCGUUAACUGACGCCUUAGAUCGCGGCUUUAUAGUACCAGCGAAACGUAAAAUAUCUCUACCGGAUGCUGUCUUCAAAGGUUUAUACGAUCCCAAGACCGGACAAUUCACAAUACCUGAUACGCAAGAGAAGCUUCCUACUGAUCGCGCGAUUAAAAUGGGCGUGAUAGAUGCAACUACCGCGAUCGUACGAGAUCCCAACGGAAUCGAUGUAAUGACAUUCAAUAAGGCUAUUAAGACUUCCAUAGUUGAUCCCAAAUCCGGAACAGUUAGUCAUGCCAGAGGACCACCUAUAGAUUUCCAGGAAGCGCUGGAACGUGGUUUGCUCCUCGAAACAAGAAGACCUAUGAGCUUCAGCGAGGCAAUUUCAAAGGGCAUCCUCGAUGAGAAGACCAAUAAAUUUUUAGAUCCGCAGACGGGAAUUUACCUAACAAUAUUGGAAGCUAUUCAAAAGAAUCUAAUAGACGCUGACUCGGUUACCGUCAAGGAUAUGAGGUCCAGCAUCUGGAAAACAAUGACACUAAUGGAAGCUAUACAAUCUGAUUACAUGGACGGCACUACUGGCUAUCUCAAAGAUCCCAACAAGGGUAACAGGAACGUAUCUCUGAGGGACGCCUUUGAAUCUGGCCUCAUCGUUGACAAUAGAGCAGCCGUAUCUUUACAACGUGCCAUCCAUCAAGGAUUGUACGAUGAUAACACAGGCAAGAUCACCGAUCCCAGUACAGGUAGAGCCGUAACGUUGCAUGAAGCGAUGAGAAAGUGUAUAAUUAGCCCCACGUUACCGUGUUAUUGGGAUAAGCGUGGCGAACGUUUAUUAUCGUUGGCGGAAACAUGUCGUGCUGGCGUAAUUGAUAGGCGCACCGGCAUGUUCAAAGAACCCGGCACCAGCGGUUCAGUUUCAUUAUCGGUCGCGUUACAACUCGGUCUUAUUGUCGAUAUAGAGAGCAUGGGAUUUGGCCUAUAUGAGGCGAUAUUAAUGAAUAUGUACGAUGUUUCGUCAGGCAAAUUUAUACAUCCAACCAGCAACCGCAAGCUGACGUUAGCUGAGUCAUGCCAAAUAGAUCUAAUAAAUUCCUUGACAUCGAUUAUCAAGUGCACCAGGUCUAAUAAAUACAUCCCACUGGCCGAAGCAAUCUUCUCGGGCAUCAUCGAUGACAUUCGUGGCAUGUAUGUCAUCCGCGAGCUUGAUAAAGUGAUUAAUCUCCAAGAAGCAGCGAAGAAAGGCUUUAUCGUCACAUCAAAGACGCCCCUUUCGAUUGAGGAGACAAUCAAGUAUCACCUUUACCGUAGCGAUAGUGGUAAAUUUGCUAAUCCCGUUAUUAACGAAUAUCAUGAUUUGCUUCAAGCGAUUAACUGCGGUCUCAUAGAUCCUGAUACUACCGCCUUAAAGGAUGCGACGACCGGACAAAUCAAGUCGCUAUUAAUGGGCAUUGAAGACGGAACAGUCGAUGUGUCUCGAGGAAGAAUAUUGGAUCCUAAGACGACACGCGCUUUUAAUAUUGAUGUAGCUUUAGAAAGAGGUCUAUUGGUCACAAUCGAUAAACCUUUAGCGCAACAAAUAGCACAUAGAUCACCCUUAGAAGCUUUUAAAGCCGGCGAUAAAAAUGUCAAAGAAUGCACUUUAGAAGAAGCGAUUAACUAUCAACUAAUUGAUCCGAAUACAUCAAUUAUAAGAGAUCCUAGAACCGGUCGAUUUGUGACGACGGCAAGAGCGAUUGCGGACAAUGUCGUAGAUCCCUCCAUCAAAGGCACGAUUGAAUUAAAUGGCGGAAGCAAAAGGGAACCGCGUUUCGUGCGUUUCGGUGAUGUCACCGUAUUCGUUAGGGAACCUUUCACUUUUGAGGAGGCAGUGGAGAAAGAGUAUCUAUCGCUAGAAUCGGGCAAAUUCACGGAUCCGAUCUCGAACGAACAAUUGACUCUAAAAGAGGCGGUCGGUCUCGGUAUCGUAGACUCGGACUCGGCAUUGAUUAAAGACUCGCAGAAGAAGAAGCUGGUAAAAUUGCCAGAGGCGUUCCGCAAGGGCAUGAUGGACGCUGAGAAGGGCAAUGUGCUGGACACUGCUACGUCCAAGUUAUACAGCUUACCCAAGGCUCUGGAAGCCGGCCUGUUGAUCACUCCAAGGAAUGGUGUUUCGUUCAUCGAAGCGCUACAGUUCAAUCUUUACAAUCCUACCACGGGCAGCUUUUAUGACCCCUUCGUUGUCACUUCCGUGUUAGAUCGUAGACGUCUCACGCUGGCGGAUGCAAUCGAGUCGGGCCUAAUCGAUCCGUCCACCACCGUGAUCAAAGAUCCGUUCACGGGUAAUAUCGCGAGUCUAUUAGAAGCAAUGAGUAGCAGGAAGGUAGAUUCUAUAGGAGGCAGAUUAGUUGAGGACAUUGAUGGCAACAGUAUCGACUUCAUGAAGGCCUUGGAGCGGGGUUAUAUACUCGCCGCCGAAGCUAGGCAAGCGGUGGAGGAGAAGUACAAGCUCUGCGAUGAGACACUAUCUAAGCUUCUACAAUGGAUCUCCGAAGUUGAGAAUAGACUGGCGAAUCAAGAUACCGUCAAAGAAGAUGUAGAGGAGUUGAGAAAACAAAUAAUUAUCAUGAAAGAAAUAAAGGAGGAUCUUGAAUCGCAUAAUCGACCCGUAUCAUCCUGUCUAGAUCAGAUUCGACAAGUUGUCUUGACUGGCAGCAACGUGUUAUCUAGUGACGAAGUAUCCACAUUAGAAAAGAAUGGUCGAUCUUUAAAAACUCGAUUUGACAAAGCAUUAGAUCGUACUGACAAACUAGUGAAACGUCUUAUUGGUGCGAGAGAUGAACUGACAAAGUUCAAGAAUGAGCUGAUGACAUUCUCGAUUUGGUUGGACAAAGCCAGAAACGUGCUCGAGGAUAAGGAGCGUUCCUUAUCCGAUUUGAACAAACUCAGUACUAGCACAGAUACAACUCGCGAUUUCAUCAGUGAUGUUAUUGCUCAUCAAGCAGAUUUGAGAUUUAUUACAAUGGCCGCACAGAAAUUCGUUGAUGAGAGUAAAGAGUAUCUCCAAGUUCUUAACGACUUUAGGACCAGCUUACCGCAAAGAUUGCCACAUAAAGAACCCACAGCUAGCCAAGAUUCACCGGUACGAGCCGAAGUAUCCAAUGCAACUGCUCGAUACAAAGAUCUAUUAUCUCGAGCGAAUCUCCUGUCAGACAGAUUGUCGGGAGUUGGCGGCAAACAGAGAGAUUAUCACGAUUCUUUAGACAAAGCUAGAACGUGGUUGAGAGACGUUGAGCCGAAAGUUAUUAGAGUUAUUUCCGAAUCUGUUGCCGCGGAACCGAAACAAGUAGAGGAUCAAUUGAGCAAAGCUAAAGCGUUGAACAACGAAUUCCUUGCUAAUGAACGUCUAAUCGACAAUGCUAAACAUAGCGUUGAGGCGCUGUUACAUUCUUUGGAAGGCCAACUAACGAUCAACGAGGCUAGGGAGCUUGAGGAACCAGUGAGGGCAGUAGAAGAUAAAUACAAACAACUCAGUAAUGCUCUGGCUGAUAAAUGUCAAGAACUUGACACAGCGUUAGUAAGAAGUCAAGGAGUGCAGGAUGCAUUGGACAGUCUGGUUGCAUGGUUGAACAAUGUUGAAAGUCAAUUUAAAUCGCUUCAGCGUCCAGCAAGUUUGCAGAAGGAACGCUUGGAGGAACAACAAAGAGAACAGCGAUUACUUCAAGCAGACCUGGAUAGUCAUCGUUUGAGCGUAGAAACUAUUACAGCGAAUGCUCAGGAUCUGCUCUUGAAUUCGAGCAACGUUCGCAUUGCUAAACGUAUUGAAAGCAAGUUAAAGGAUGUGCAAAGUAGAUUUGAAAAAUUGAUGGAUAAAUCCUUGAGGCGCGGGGAAUUUCUGGAUGAAAUCGCGCAAGCCCUGAACGAAUUCCUCGGAGACGUGGCCAAGUUCGAGAAUUGGUAUGCGCAUAUGAUGGAAGUUCUCGAUUCGAGAGAUCUGAACAAGCUUGAUAUGUCAGAGUAUGAAGCUAAGAUGGCUCAACUGAUUGACAUGCGCGAGGAUCAGCGUGGAAACUUUGAAGAUCUCAUACGUAAUGGGAAGAAUCUGAUUUCUAAGAAGGAUAUAACCGAAGCAGGCGCGAUUAGAGAUAAGAUCAAAGCACUUGAGUCUCAGUGGAAGGAACUAAAUAAUCUGCUCGACGAGAAACAACGAUUGUGCAAAUCUAGAGCGGAGCAACACACAGCCUAUGAGAAGUUACGGGAUCAAAUACUUGAUUGGCUUACUCGUACAGAAAACAAGGUGCAAGAACUUGAGCCAGUCGCCGUAGAUUUGGACAAAUUGAAAAUACAGCAAGAGGAUUUGAAGCCUAUACAAAAAGAAUAUCGCGAUUACGGCAAUACGGUUGAUAAAAUCAAUGAUCUCGGUAUUGCUUAUGACAGUUUGAUGAAGGAACGCGGAGAAAGUCCAACGCGUCGACGUGGCAGUGCUAGUCCGACGAAGAGACCAGUACUGCGAAUGUCACAAGACGGUCGCUCACCGUCACCCACUAAAUCCUACGCAGUUCAAAGUCCGGUCUCCCCAGGUGGUAGCAGUGGAUUCAGCAGCCGUCGUUCGAGCCAAGAUGGUUUCCAUCUCGAAGAAUUAUCGCCUGUUCAACAGCAACUUUCGGAAAUUAAUCACAGAUACGGAUUACUCGGUGUCAGAUUGUCGGAUCGCCAAACGGAGUUAGAUAAUAUUAGGGAGGAAUUGAAGAAACAUUUGGACCAUCUGAAAACACUUUCACAAUUCUUGGAUAAGAUUCAACGGCAAUUGCCUAAAGAAAGCAUGCCUGCAACUAAAGAUGAUGCGGACAAAACGGUCAAACAAGUUAAGGUUCUCAUUGAGGAGAUGUACGAAAAGCAAUCUCUGCUGGAUAGUACUCGAACGCAAGUGCGUGAUUUGGUCAGACGUAAGAAAGGAGCUGACGGUGUGGAUAGAUUGAACGACGAGAUGGAAGACGUUGCUAGUCGGUGGAGAUCAAUUUCGGACAGAUGCAAAGACCGAAUUAAAUUCCUGGAAGAUAUUAAAGAUUUUUAUGACACAUAUGAUGGUCUUAACUCUUGGCUUGGCGCUAAAGAGCGUAUGCUAGGCGCUUUAGGACCAAUUUCGGCUGAUCCUCGCAUGGUCGCAAGUCAAGUGCAACAAGUACAGGUUUUGCGAGAGGAGUUUAGAACUCAGCAACCGCAAUUGGAACAUCUCGUACAAAUCGGAGAAAGUAUUCUCGUCACAAUAUCCAUAGAUUCGAUAGAUGGUCAGAAGAUAAAUGCGAAAUUGCAGAAUAUUUUACAGAGAUGGGCAGAUCAAAUGGGAAGACUAGACGAAAGAGCUCAGAGUUUAGGUGACGCUGUUGACACUAGUCGUGAAUUCGAUGCCAGCCUUAACCGGCUGCGAGACGCUCUACAAGGAAUCUCAGAUAAUUUAGACGAGUUGAGUCUUGAGAAGGAUCCCGAAGAACAGCUUCGUAAGAUCGAGAAUCUGGAAAGACAAUUGGAAGGUCAGAGACCAUUGUUAGCAGAUGUGGAAAUGGCCGGUGCACAGUUGUGUGAAGUUCUAAGUGAUCCAGCAUCGAGAUCCGAGAUUCAAGGAAAGCUCACCACAGUCGGCAAGAUGUACAAUAACUUGCAGAAGAAGCUGGAUCAUAGAAAAGCAGAAAUCGAAGGUAAUCUGCGAGAUGGAAGACAAUUCGAGGCCUCCUGUAGCAGAACUCUGGGAUGGCUUGCGGACGAACUUGGAAAUAUGUCUGAAAAACUGCUAGUGUCUGCUGAUAGAGAAAUACUGCAACAGCAACUUGAUCAUCAUGAGCCUGUUUAUCGUAAUGUGAUGGGUAAAGAGCAUGAAGUCAUAAUGCUGUUGAACAAAGGACGCGACAUACUUUCGCGAUCUCAGAAAACUGAAAAUCGUUCGCUUCAACGUGAUUUGGAUAAGAUGCAAUCACAGUGGGACCGUUUGAAGAAAGAUACUGUCGAAAGGCACACUCGAUUGCAGACCUGCGCGGAACAUUGCAAGAAAUACUAUAAAGCUCAAGAUGUGUUUCUUCCAUGGCUUCGACAAGCCGAGGAUAAAUUGGAUAGUUUGAUUCCCACUUCCUUUAGACGCAAAGACAUCGAGAAACAACUGAAAGAAUUAUCAUCGUUUAGAAACGAAGUAUGGAAACAUUCUGGAGAAUUCGAAAAUAACAAGAUGCUAGGCGAGACAUUUGUCGGAGCUUGUGAUAUUGAUAAGCAAAAUGUAAAGAACGAGCUUAGUGCUAUGAAAACUAGAUGGGAUAAAUUAAAUAAUGACUUGCUAUCUAGAACACAAUCUUUGGAAGAUACUGCACGUCACUUAAUGGAUUUCAAUGAAAACUUACGCGAUUUGCAACAUGGUUUACAACGUUGUGAAGAUAAGUUAGCUUCACACGAUGCUCUUGGCGGAGCGGCUAAAGAUCCGAAGUUGCUUGAUAGAAUAAAGAACUUGCGAGAGGAAACAACGAGCUUGAAGAAACCUUUGCAAUGUGUAAGACAACAGGCUAAUGAUCUUGUGAACAAAGCUGGCGAGCAAGGCGUCGAUGCGACACAUUUACAAGAUGAAAUUGACAAUGUUACUGAUCGUAUUAACGAUCUGCAAGCGAAACUAGAUGACAGAUGCAACGAACUACAAAGUGCAGCGACAGCGGUCGCGCAAUUUAAUGAUCAAGCAAAAUUGAUUAAUCAACAUCUGUCUGCUCUUGAAAAAGAUCUAGAUUCCAUGAAAGCACCCGGUAGAGAAAUCAAGAUUGUAAGAGGACAAUUAGAAGAUAUUGCCAAGAUUGUUAGCAGAAUUAACAAACUCUAUGAAGAAAUUGGCGAUCUGGAGAAUCGUGGCGAACGUUUGGUUGAUUAUGGCUUCGCUGCUGACGCUGUAGCCACAAGAGAUCAGGUUGACGGAUUUAAACGGCAAAUUGGUAAACUGGAUGAGCGAGCGCGUAACAGAGAAGAUGAACUCACUUCUACUUUAAACAAAUUACAAGAGUUCUAUCAAUUGCACGCAAAUGUUAUGGAGGGUAUCAAUGAUGCAAAUGAACAAGUCAGAAGAUUUAAACCUGUGGGAUCCGAAGUGGAUUCUAUUAAAGCUCAGCAAGAGGAUUUCAGAAUUCUCAAAAUUAAAAGGAUUGAACCACUAGCACACGCCGUUGAAGAUUGUAACGCGCUCGGUCAAGGUCUCAUACAAACUGCAGGACGAGAUGUCAAUACCAAUAAUAUUGAAAAAGACGUCGAUAAAAUGAACGAAAGAUGGAACGACUUAAAAGAUAGACUGAACGAGCGCGAUCGCAAAUUGGAUGUUGGAUUAUUGCAGUCGGGCAAGUUCCAAGAGGCUUUAGAUGGCUUAGCGAAAUGGUUGACCGAUACAGAAGAGAUGGUUUCGAAUCAAAAGCCACCUUCUUCAGAUUAUAAAGUCGUGAAGGCGCAACUGCAAGAACAGAAAUUCCUGAAGAAGAUGUUAAUGGACCGACAAAAUUCUAUGACGUCUCUCUACAAUAUGGGACGAGAAGUAGCCGCCGAUGCGGACUCAAAGGAGCGUAAAGCCAUUGAGAAACAAUUGAAUGAUCUAGUGGGCAGAUUUGAUAAUCUGACAGAAAGCGCUGCGGAGAGGAUGGAUGCUCUUGAGCAAGCAAUGGCGGUAGCGAAGCGAUUCCAAGAUAAGUUAGUACCACUUACUAUCUGGUUGGACAAGACAGAGAAGAAAGUCAGGGACAUGGAAUUGGUUCCUACCGACGAAGAGAAAAUACAACAGCGUGUCAAUGAACAUGAUAUACUUCAUGAGGAUAUUAUAUCGAAAACACCAGAUUUUAGUGAACUCACGGAGAUAGCUAGCCAACUUAUGUCGUUGGUAGGCGAAGAUGAGGCUACUACAUUGGCUGAUAAACUUCAGGAUGCGGCAGAUAGAUACGCAGCUUUGGUUGAACGAUCCGAAGCUCUCGGUAGCUUAUUACAACGUUCGAGACAAGGCUUACGUCAUUUGGUUCUCACGUAUCAAGAUUUACAAGCAUGGAUGGAGAACAUGGAGAUCCGAUUGUCGAAGUAUCGCAUCUUGGCUGUACAUACGGAGAAGCUUUUACAACAAAUGGAAGAUCUCGCGGAUCUUACAGAAGAAGUAUCCACGCGACAAACGGAAGUCGACAGUACCGUAGAUUCCGGCCUAGAAUUGAUGAAACACAUCUCAAGCGACGAAGCACUUCAACUGAAGGACAAGUUGGACUCUCUGCAACGACGAUUUAAUGAUCUUGUCACGCGCGGCUCAGAUCUUUUGAAACAUGCCCAAGAGUCUUUACCAUUGGUGCAACAAUUCCAUGAUAAUCACAAUCGUCUGAUGGAUUGGAUGCAAGGCGCGGAGGCUGCUUUGCAGUCCGCUGAACCUCGUGAGGAAGAGAUUAUCCGCCUCGAGAUGGAGAUAUCGGAAUAUAGACCCGUCUUGGACAAAAUCAACGCUGUAGGUCCACAGCUGUGUCAAAUGUCGCCGGGAGAAGGUGCUGCGACAAUCGAAGGUCUCGUAACUAGGGACAACAGACGAUUCGAUGCAAUUGCCGAACAGAUCCAAAGAAAAGCAGAAAGAAUUCAAUUGAGCAAACAGCGAUCUUUGGAGGUGAUUGGCGAUAUCGACGAUCUGCUCGAUUGGUUUAGAGAAGUGGACAAUCAACUUCGAGAGGCUGAGCCGCCCAGCAGCGAGCCUGAAAUUAUUAGAGUACAAUUGAAAGAACAUAAAGCACUUAAUGAUGAUAUAUCCAGUCAGAAAGGUAGAGUUCGUGAUGUUAUUUCGACUGCAAAGAAAGUAAUACGCGAAAAUACUCAGCAUGAAGACACAUCUACUAUCAGAGAUAAGAUGGAAGAUUUGCGCGAAACAAUGGAAAUUGUAUCAGCUUUAUCAACAGACAGAUUGGGAGCUCUUGAGCAAGCUCUACCAUUAGCAGAACAUCUUCGCGAUACUCACGCUGGCCUGGUCAGCUGGCUCGAGGAGGCUGAACAACAAGUCUCUAUGUUACCUAUGCCCGCCUUGCGGCCUGACUUGAUAGCGGCGCAACAGGACAAAAAUGAGCUUCUUAUACAGAGCAUAAACGAGCAUAAACCUCUGGUGGAGAAGCUCAAUAAGACCGGUGAAGCGCUCAUUAAGUUGUGCAACGAAGAAGAAGGUAUAAAAGUGCAAGAUAUCUUGGACAAUGAUAACGCUCGCUAUGCGGCAUUGAGAGCCGAGCUAAGAGGCCGGCAACAAGCGCUGGAGCAGGCAUUGCAGGAAUCCUCUCAGUUCUCUGAUAAACUGGAAGGUAUGCUGCGCGCAUUGUCUUCUACUGCCGAUCAAGUGAACGGUGCUGAACCUAUCAGUGCUCAUCCGGCUCGUUUACGCGACCAGAUGGAAGAAAAUGCCGCCUUAGCAGACGAUCUUGCUCAGAGAUCUGAGGCUUACGCGGCUGUUAAAAAAGCAGCGGACGAUGUGAUUAGCAAGGCCGGCAAUAGGGCCGAUCCGGCAGUGAAAGACAUCAAACGCAAGCUGGAUAAACUUAACAGAUUAUGGACCGACGUCCAAAAGGCUACGACCGAUCGCGGUCACACUUUAGAUGACACUCUAGCCGUCGCCGAAAAAUUCUGGGCCGAGUUGAACGGAGUCAUGGCCACUUUAAGAGAACUGCAAGAUGCGCUGGCUGGACAGGCGCCACCGGCAGCUCAACCAGCUGCUAUCCAGCAACAGCAAGUAGCGUUGCAAGAAAUUCGACAAGAGAUCGAUCAGACCAAGCCAGAUGUUGAGCAAGUCCGAACAUCAGGACAUGAAUUGAUGGGCUUGUGCGGCGAGCCGGAUAAACCUGAAGUACGAAAACACAUUGAAGAUUUAGAUCAGGCUUGGGACAACGUCACCGCUCUGUACGCCAGACGCGAGGAGAAUUUGAUCGACGCCAUGGAGAAAGCGAUGGAGUUCCACGAGACGCUGCAGAACCUAUUGGAGUUCUUGCAAGAAGCCGAAGAUAGAUUUGCAGAGAUGGGCCCACUUGGUAGUGAUAUUGACGAGGUGAAAAAGCAGAUCAAGCAGCUGGCCAAUUUCAAGGCCGAAGUGGAUCCGCAUAUGGUGAAGGUCGAGGCGUUGAACAGGAGUCUGACAAGACAAGCAGCUGAAUUAACGGAAAGAACAUCCUCCGAACAAGCAGCAGCUAUCAAGGAACCGCUCGGUGCCGUGAAUAAACGAUGGGACGGAUUACUGAGAGGUUUGGUGGAAAGGCAGCGAUUACUGGAGAAUGCGUUAUUACGACUCGGUCAAUUCCAGCACGCUUUGGAUGAACUAUUAGUAUGGAUCGAGAAAACAGAUAAGACAUUGGAUAAUCUCAGACCAGUGGCAGGUGAUCCACAAGUGAUCGAAGUCGAAUUGGCCAAGCUGAAAGUCCUAGUAAAUGAUAUACAAGCUCAUCAGACGAGCGUCGACACUCUAAAUGAUGCUGGACGACAAUUGAUUGAGGAUGGUAAAGGUACUGCAGAAGCGUCUACUACAGCCGAUAAACUAGGCACUUUGAAUCGUCGUUGGCGAGAUCUACUGCAACGCGCCGCUGAUCGCCAGCGAGAAUUAGAAGAUGCCUUACGAGAGGCACAAUCCUUCACUGCUGAGAUACAGGACUUGUUAUCGUGGUUAGGCGACGUGGAUAAUAUGAUAGUAGCAUCCAAACCAGUUGGUGGAUUACCCGAGACUGCAUCUGAACAGUUGGAACGUUUUAUGGAGGUGUUUAACGAAUUGGAACAAAAUCGUCCGAAAGUUGAAACGGUACUGCAACAAGGACAGGAAUAUUUGAAGAAAGCGGAUACGAGCAGUGCCGGUGGAUUAAAUCACAAUCUGCGAACGUUGAAGCAAAAAUGGGAUAAUGUGCUUUCGCGUGCCAGCGAUAAGAAGAUAAAGUUAGAAAUUGCUCUGAAGGAGGCCACUGAGUUCCACGACGCGUUACAAGCUUUCGUCGAUUGGUUGACAAAUGCUGAAAAGAUCCUGACGAAUCUUCGACCGGUCUCGAGGGUCAUGGAAACUAUACUUCAACAAAUCGAAGAACACAAAGCCUUCCAAAAGGAUGUCGGUGUCCAUCGCGAAACUAUGCUAAAUCUUGACAAAAAAGGAACUCAUCUCAAAUACUUCUCUCAAAAACAAGAUGUGAUUCUUAUAAGAAACUUGCUCGUGAGUGUGCAACACAGAUGGGAACGAGUAGUUUCCAAGUCAGCCGAGAGAACGAGGGCUUUAGAUCACGGUUACAAGGAAGCUAGAGAAUUCCACGACAGCUGGUCGAACCUGAUGAACUGGUUGGAUGACACCGAAAAGAUUUUGGAUGAAGUCGCUGCCGAUGGACUUGGCGGCAAUGAUCCAGACAAGAUUAAAUCACGUCUUAACAGACACCGCGAGAUACAAAAGGCACUGAGUGCUAAGCAGAGCACGUAUGACAAUACCAUGAAGAACGGCAAAACGUUGAAGGACAAGGCGCCGAAAUCCGAUGAACCUGCCUUGAGAGAACUUCUAAAUGAGUUGAAAAAUAAGUGGACGACGGUCUGCGGUAAAUGCGUGGAUCGACAACGAAAAUUGGAGGAAGCCUUAUUAUUCUCCGGACAAUUCAAGGAUGCGAUUCAGGCGCUGUUGGAAUGGUUGAGCAAGACCGAAAAAUAUUUGGCCAAUCCUGGAUCACUUUACGGUGACCUGGAUACGGUAACCAAUUUAGUGGAGCAACAUAGGAACUUUGAAAGAGAUCUGGAAUUACGCGCCUCACAAAUGGAAUCCGUCAUUAAAACUGGUCGCGAAUUGGAAUCUAAAGCCUCUAUUGAAGAUGCGUCAAUGAUCAGAUCACAAUUGUCUGAACUAAAUAGUCUCUGGGAUAGAGUAACCAGUCUCUCGACGAAGAAGUCCAGACUAUUGGAAGAAGCUCUUAGAGAGGCUGAACGGCUUCAUAAAGCCGUUCAUAUGCUACUGGAAUGGUUGAGUGACGCGGAGAUGAAGCUACGAUUCGCUGGACCACUGCCGGAAGAUGAGCAGGAGAGCAGGAAUCAAUUAAUGGAGCAUCAGAGAUUCCUCCGCGAGUUACAAACUAAGGAAAUUGAAAAAGACAACACAUUAGAAUUGGCACACAUUAUUCUUGGAAAAGCGCAUCCUGACGGUGCCGCAGUUAUCAAACACUGGAUCACAAUUAUUCAGUCUAGAUGGGAAGAAAUGGCAACAUGGGCCUACCAAAGAAAUCAAAGACUGGAAAAUCAUAUGCAGGGACUGCAGGAUCUUGAUAAUCUUCUCGAAGAGUUAUUAGCCUGGCUCGAAGGUUUGGAGAAUACUUUGAAUGCCUUAGAAGCGGAACCUUUGCCUGAUGAUAGAGCUACGCUCGAAAUGCUUAUCGCGGAUCACAGAGAAUUUAUGGAGAACACCAGCCGAAGACAAAACGAGGUUGAUCGCGUGUGCAAAGCCCGACAAAUUAAGCCAAUAAAAGAUGCGAGGAAAAUAUCGAAAGUCAGAUCACCAGCACCUACUAAGGAUCUCUAUCAGGAUAACGAGCAUGAGCAGCCUCAACCUCGUAAACAAAGCCGAGGCAGUCCAGGUCGUGACAGAACACCAGAUCUUUCAUUGCCACACAUCGGUCCACGCUUCCCACCCAAAGGAAGCAAAGGAGCCGAACCGGAAUUCCGCAGUCCGAGAGUCAAGCUUCUUUGGGAUAAGUGGCGUCACGUUUGGAUGCUAGCGUGGGAACGACAACGCCGUUUGCAGGAUAAAUAUAAUUAUAUUCAAGAGUUGGAUCGCGUUGCUAACUUCAGCUGGGAAGAUUGGCGCAAACGGUUUUUGAAAUUCAUGAAUCAUAAGAAGUCCAGACUAACGGAUCUAUUCAGGAAAAUGGAUAAAAAUAAUGAUGGACUUAUACCGAGAGAAGACUUCAUUCAAGGAAUUAUGAACACCAAAUUCGAGACUUCCCGUUUGGAAAUGGGAGCUGUUGCUGAUCUCUUCGAUCGUCACGGUGAAGGCUUGAUAGAUUGGAAGGAGUUCAUCGCCGCUCUGCGACCCGACUGGGAAGAACGACGCACCUACAACGACACGGACAAGAUACAUGAUGAAGUUAAACGGUUAGUUAUGCUGUGUACCUGUCGCCAGAAGUUCCGCGUUUUCCAAGUUGGCGAAGGAAAGUACAGGUUUGGUGAUAGCCAGAAACUACGAUUGGUUCGAAUCCUACGUUCCACUGUUAUGGUACGCGUCGGUGGAGGCUGGGUAGCGUUAGACGAAUUCCUUUUAAAGAACGAUCCAUGCCGCGCCAAGGGAAGAACGAAUAUCGAGCUGCGAGAGCAAUUUAUACUGGCGGAUGGUGUUAGCCAGACUAUGACAGCCUUCCGUUCCAAGCCGAGUCCGACCUCGACGCUGCAGCGUACGCAAAUAUCCUCCACGAAUGCUGGACCAAUCACCAAGGUGAGAGAACGCAGUGCUCGCAGCGUACCUAUGGGUCAAUCGCGAGCUUCGCGUUCAUCUUUGAGCGCUGGCACGCCUGACAGCCUUAGCGACAACGAAAGUUCCUUCAAGAUAUCUAGAAAAACCAGCACGCCUUAUAGAUCUACCAUGACGCCUGGUGGUAGUCGUCCAUCUAGCAGGCCAGCAUCAAGACCUGCCUCCCGACCAGCUAGUAGACCGAGUAGCCGACCUGCGUCGAGACAAGGAAGCAAACCGCCUAGUCGAUAUGGAUCAACGCAGUCGUUGGAUGACGAUUCAUGCACCCCAAGUCGCAUUCCGCGAAGGACUAUCAUAGGCUCCGGUAAUACUCCGACGUCCAGUAGACAUAACAGUGUAUCUGGUAGAAAACUUACAACUCCUAUGAAUGGAUCGAGCUCUAGACCUCGCACUCCAACGGGAUUAAUCAGCCCCGCCAGCGGAGUACCCUCUAGGUUUGGCUCAAUCCAUAGAGCUUCGAGCAUUCCAACCCUGACUGGUGUCGGAACACCUAUCAGCCGCUCUAGGAUACCCGUAUAUGUGGGGGUGGAUAUAAAAUCUCCUCAGUCGACCACCAGCAAUAUGUCGACUCAUUCAACACAAAGCAACCAUUCUACGAUUUCUACUGAUUCCACUGGGAGCAGUUCCCUGUGUACCAAUUCAGCAACUAAUAUACCAACAGCCAUUAAACAAGCUAGGGUACGUACACCGUCCAGUGGAUCCAGCACACCGCUACCGCCGUCUUCAAAAUUAUCGAGGAAACCCUCUGGAGCUUCCGACACGUCGAUGUCGGGAACGACCCCGAUCACACGAAAGGGAAAACCCACACCGAUCGAACAGCGCGCACCGUUCCGAUUGUAAUAGCUUAUUAACGGAUACUUAUAGCUUGUAAAAUCAGCGUAUUAUACCCGAGAAUAAAGAUAAAUAUAAAACAUCCCCGCCAAAUUUAAGAAUAAUCGAUAUUGCAGGGAACAUAUGAGAAUAGAUUAUUAUUGUUGUAGGAUUGUCAAAGGAGAAGAGCGCGUGUAAUAUGUGAAUGCUAAAUUAAAUGCUGGAUCAAAAUUUCGUAGAAGGCAAAUGAUGAAUCUAGGAGUUACGAUUUUAUCAUUCAUAUUUCGUUGAAUUCCGCCAAGUACUGAAUGCCAUUAAAAUUACAGAUACCAAUGAGUAUUUUAUACUCUCUUAGGAUAAGGGAUUACAGUUGGGGAAAUUUAUUUAUUUCAUGCCCGCAUUAGAAAGUGCUUAAAACGUCUAUCUAGUUUAUGAUAACACAUAACAGUGAAAUAAAUUAUUGUUAUAAAUACCAUAAUCUGGUAUUAUCAAGAGUGCAGGGUAAUGCUGUAUAAUUGAAAAUAUUUAGGUGAGAUAUAACAAUAUCUUCACUGACUUUCUCGAUAAGGACAAUACUAAAAAGAUUUUAGUGAAAAAAAA